GAAUCACCAGCCAACGUAGCCAUGGCAUCUAGAAAUCAACAAAAAGAAGUGAAAAUACAUACGAAUUACGAACAAAGAGCCAAAACAUACGGAAGUAAGAAAGUUCAAAAUGCCAAUACCAACAAUGAAGAUAAGGUAUCAGUAAAUGCAAGAAACCUACAAACGGCAACAACAACACCGAAAUCGCGACCACCAGCCAAUAUAACCACGUCACCUAGAAAUCAACAAAGAGAAGUGAAAGUAUAUACGAAUUACGAACAAAGAGCCAAAACAGAACGGAAAAACCUACAAAUAGCAGCAACAACACCGAAAUCGCGACCACCAGCCAACGUAACUACGGCACCUAGAAAUCAACAAAAAGAAGUAAAAAUAUAUAUGAAUUAUAAACAAAGAGCCAAAACGAUAGUAUUAGCAGCUACACACCAGGGCACCACAGAAACGACACGACGACACCAAAAAUCAGUGACACCAACAAAGGACGGCACCAGAAAUCGAUGA